AUGGAAAUUGCUACAGGUGCGAGGUUCGAUUCGUAUGAUGCAUUUGACACUGCUCUGCGGCAUUUCCAAGUGCAGACAAAUACUUUAUUUGUCAAGAAAACAUCGAAGUCGAUAGAUGUUGUGAACGCUCAUUUGUCACGCGAGGCAGUAAAACUGGACAGCAAGCUUCGAUUUUCAAACGCCACUUUCACAUGCAAGCAUGGGGGAUGACACAGGACUAAUGCCACCGGAGUUCGUCCUAACCAACGGACUAUGAAGAAGGACUGCCCGGUAAAACUGGUAUUAGCGGCGAGGCGUGCGACGCAACAACUGGAAAUCACUGCACUUAAUUUGCAGCACAAUCAUGAAGUCAGCAGUGAAAUCUACAAGGCAUAUCCUGAAUGCCGGCGGCUCGCCACUGAAGAGCUCAGCUUCGUGCAGCCUUUAAUGGAGCUAAAUGUGCCCCCAAACAUGAUCGUCCAGAAACUGAAAGAACAAAGUGGAAAAACAGUGAUUGCCAAAGAUCUGCACAAUCUGAAGCGUGCAACUCGCACAGAGGAUGAAGCAAGCCUGCUAGUGGCAGAACUAAAGCACUGCCAAGCCACUUAUGGUGCUAGAGCGCUGUCGAUCACUGACGAGAAUAAGGAGCUGCAAAUUCUCUUUAUUCAAACGCCACACAUGCAGCAAGCAUUUAAGUCUUUUCCAGAGGUGGUGCUCCUUGACGCAACCUACCGCACCAACAAACUACGCAUGCCCCUGUAUGUGAUGGCUGUCCAGGAUGGGUCCGGAAGUACCCAAGUAAUCGCAUAUGCCUUCGUUGCAUCCGAGCAACAGCACGUUGUCAAUCAGCUUUUGGAGACUUUUGUUCAAGAGAAUCCUGCUGCUGCUGAUACACAAGUGGUUGUUGUGGACAAAGAUUUCACGGAAAUCAAUGCCAUUAGAACGACGUUUCCAAGUUCACCAGCUAUUCAGUUGUGCCAAUUCCAUGUCAACAAGGCCUUCAAGAGUGCAGCUGGGCAGCUUGCCAAAUCAUCAGAUGAGCGAGAACGUUUAUUGAGUAGUUUCAAUGAAAUGCUGCUUUCCCCCACACCUGCCAGAUACAAUGAUGCGAAAGCUGAAUUUGAAAGGUAUGCAAGUGAAGAAGCUGUGAGCUAUUUCGCAAAGAACUGGGGCAACAUUCCUGAAAUGUGGGUCCGACACUUAUGUGACCGCAAGUUUACAGGUGGAAAUAAUACAACCAACCGUGUUGAGUCACAUCAUGCAAAACUAAAGAAUGUCCUAGCAUCAUCAUCAAAACUGCAUGAAACAGUGCGCAACAUUUUAAAAAUGUCAAGCAGCAUGCAGCAAGAGGCAUGCCACAAAACUAUACUGCUGAAAACAUGCGAGUUCUAUUCUCAUCAAGAAUCUGAGGGUGUAGAGAAGGAAUGUGCCAAGGUGCUAAAACCUUAUGCCUGCAAAAUAAUAAAGCAGGAACUGGCAAAGAUGCAGGAUGACCCUCCAGAGGUCAGAAUCGUAUCUGAGCAAACUUAUGCAGUGGCAUCGAGUUGCACUGAUGCAUGGCACGAGGUCUCUCUUGAUAAUCAUGCGUGCAGUUGCACUACGUACUCGAAAAUGAAGCUGCUUUGCCGACAUUUUUUAUAUGUUUGUGUGAAAUUUGGCAUUAAACCCGACCUGACAAAGGCUGUUCAUAAGCGUUGGUUUAAAUCUUACCAACUCAAGUUCAUGGGUGGGGCUGCUGAAACAAACUCUGAAGCUGCCAAUCACGAAGCACCAGAAAUACUCUCUAUGCCUGGGCCCUCCUUCGAGAAGAUGAAUAGAAAUCAGCGCUACAACUACGCAUUGAGAGCGCUUAAAGCUCUUGUCGACAACAUGGCCGACUGUCAGCCGGAUGUUUUUGCAGAGCGCCUUGCGUUCUUAGAAUCGGUAAAUGCCUCUUGGCUGAAGAGAGAUGCCAGUUUCACACAUCCUCAUAAUGAGGAUGAAAUUGUGCAGGCAGAUAGUGCCUCUGUGCUGGACAUCUUGCCUACCACAUCAAGUGUACCUCAAGAAGUCGGACAACUGCCUAGCGCAUCGCGUGUAUCCCAAAAAGAAACCGAACAACCGUGUGGCAGACGAACUGAUAGUUGCACCAGUGAUGUUGGGAGCCAACCGUGUUCAUCUAGCAGCGCUUGUGACCUGAAGCUCCCUGAGGUAAAAAGUCGAGGGCGCCCAUCCAAGCGAGUCCUCCAAAACCGAUACAAGCGGGCAAGAGAAGCUGAUGAAGAAGGGCCUGUGGCUUUCAAGUCUCUGUCUGAAAAGGCCAAAGCAAAAUUGCUACUGGCUGGAUUCUCUGACAAAGCCCUUUGUGAUCGUGUGCUGAAUGGAACGUGCCAGCUCGACGAGGCUGACAUUGAAGUUAGGCCAGAGGCCUUACCCAGUGCACUGCUGGACUGCAGGGUUUCCCUGCCAAAGCUAAAGAAGUACUGCACUCCUGAUGCUUGGUCCCUGCUCACGGCCUCAGUUGCUGUAAAAAAGAAAAAUGCACUCUAGAUCUGUGGCCUGUGCAAGGAAAAGGAUGAUGGUGCGCUCAAAAUGGUGUGCUGUGACCGUUGUUUGGAGUGGUUUCACUGGUGCUGUGCUGCAGUAACCAGCGCCGAUUUGCAGAAACAGUGGUUCUGUACACAGUGCAAAGGCUGCUAUUAAGCGCUCACUCUGAUGGAAACCAAUAAAUAUGUUGUAUCCCUGAA